CCUCUCUCCAUGUUGCCCUCCCCUCUCGCCAGGAUUCUGGAAUCCCAAUCUUGGAUAGUUACUCAGAUUCAUUUAAGGGCGGCAAGCUCCCUGAAGAACCAUCCUCCGUGCCGCCUGUGGUCUAUCCCAUACAAUCCCCACGAAACGCCGCAGAAAACCUCCGAUAUUGCGAUAUUACGACUUGCACGACGACCCGACCCCAUCAACCUCCCUUUCCUCAGGCGGACGGUACAUACAUACUACCUAGACAGCAUCGCCCUGGAUUUACUGGCAUUUUUACUUAAUUGUUCCGCCGAUAUAUCGAAACCGUCCAUUCCAUUCGCCUUUGCCUUGGAACUCCGCCCUUUUCCGUUUCUUCGCCGCUUCAGCUUUCCGUGGCUGCUGGCCUAUAAUAUAUCUCAGAUUUCGGCCUCGUUUUCUUCUGGAUCUCUAGACAACUCAUCCUUUAUCUCCCACCUGACUGGUAAGCAAGAGACGACUUCGUUUUUCUUUUAUUACCAUUCUGGAAAUCCACCCUGUACACCAUCAACUCCACGCACAAACCACCCCGCUUCGCCUCACCAGUGCGCCCUUGUCACCUCAAAAAGAAACAACCGGUGGCAUCACAGCGUGAGCACGAGCCUCCUUUUUGGCAUUUGGGGGUCAGCGCCAGCACCAGCACAGACCAUCUUGCAGGACAGACAGGAUUCGGCGCGAACACGAGACGGAUCGAACUCUAAACUGACUUUUUUUCCCUCUCCUUCUUCAGAUUCUGCUGGAUCGGAGUCGUGUCAAAUCAGGUUCCCGCCACUAGAGCAAGCGGCAGCGGUCUAGCCCAAACUUUUUUGAAGAGGUUCCUGACUCGCACCCGGUCUUUGGAAUCCGCCAUCCAUUCGUACGGCCGCUGUACUGUACGAAACCUCUACCCCGGAUUCUCGGUCAUUCUCAUCGACCCCCCCGCAGGCUUCCAUCCUCGAUCCCAGCCACAGCAGAGGACAGGUUGGCAUCUUCCAGCUUGUCUGCCUGCUCUUUCUUCCCCAUCG